AUGAUCCAAUCCGUGGUCAAGGUAGCUAUCGGUGAUGCGGUGUUAACUUUCAUAUGGACGCUCUGCGCGUCCACACUCGGGAUCGCCACCUCCAUUAUCCAAAAUGCGCUAGGAUUCCAAAGCAAUGCGUCCGGCCUCGUCAUCACCACCUGCCUCAUUGCCUUACAAGUCUUUGUCUUAACCUUGCUUAGCGACGCCAGGGGUGGCGCCAGCUUCAAUCCCACUGGCACUGCUUCUUUCUACGCCGCCGGCAUCGGUGAUGACAACCUUAUCUCAAUGGCCUUGCGCUUCCCUGCUCAGGCAAUUGGGGCAGUGGGCGGUACCUUGGCAAUUAUAGAACUGAUGCCGCCGGAGUACAAACACAUGCUUGGUGGGCCUUCACUGAAAGUCGACUUGCACACUGGGGCCAUCGCCGAGGGGGUCUUGACCUUCAUUAUCAGUUUUGCCGUCUUAUAUAUAGUGUUCAAAGGUCCGAACAACCCACUUUUAAAGGUUUCGAUGCUUGCUACGUCGACUGUUGCACUGAUUGUUGCAGGAUCUAGUUACACUGGACCGUCUAUGAAUCCUGCCAAUGCCUUUGGUUGGGCAUAUGUGAACAACCGCCACAACACAUGGGAGCAGUUCUAUGUUUACUGGAUUUGCCCUUUUGUUGGAGCAAUUCUGGCUGCUUGGGUCUUCCGGGUUCUUUUCCCUCCUCCAGUCAAGCAGAAGAAAGCAUGAGAAGGCAAAAAGAGUACAUUAUUUUGUCAAUUCUGUGUCAAGUGCUUUUAUGUGUUAACCGUUUCUCUGUUACCAUUUCUGAUGUUAGCCUUUACCAGUCUAUUUUCAGAGUACAUUCAGUCUGUGGGCAGUUCAGAAAUUUUUUUUUCAUCUUUUAGUUCUACUACUGUUGCAUAAGUUCAUUACAUCUGUUUGGGCAGAUAUAUUGUCCUUUGAAACAAAUUUAUGGAAUUUAAUUCAUAAGAUUUAAGACUUUCUGUUCUUUCAA